CGAGAAGUAGAGCGUAGCCCUUGGAGAGGGGCGGAGGCGCAGAGGUGCACCACGUGGGGGUUCCGCCAGCGCGGAGUCGGUGUCGUUCAGCUUGGGUCUAGGUUGGAGCUGGAACCGUGGAGAUGCGGAAGGAAACCCCACCUCCGCUCGUGCCCCCGGCGGCCCGCGAGUGGAACCUGCCCCCCAAUGCUCCCGCCUGCAUGGAACGGCAGUUGGAGGCUGCACGGUACCGGUCUGAUGGUUCCCUUCUGCUCGGGGCCUCCAGUCUGAGUGGUCGCUGCUGGGCUGGCUCUUUGUGGUUUUUCAAGGAUCCGAGUGCGGCCCCCAACGAAGGCUUCUGCUCUGCGGGCGUCCAGACCGAGGCCGGAGUAGCAGACCUCACUUGGGUGGGGGACAAAGGUAUCCUAGUGGCCUCAGAUUCAGGUGCUGUUGAAUUGUGGGAGCUAGAUGAGAACGAGACACUUAUUGUCAGCAAGUUCUGCAAGUAUGAGCAUGAUGACAUUGUGUCUACUGUCACAGUCCUGAGCUCUGGUACACAAGCCGUCAGUGGUAGCAAAGACUUCUGCAUCAAAAUUUGGGACCUGGCUCAGCAGAUGUCACUGAAUUCAUACCGAGCUCAUGCAGGACCGGUCACAUGUGUUGCUGCCUCUCCCCACAAGGACUCUGUGUUUCUUUCAUGCAGUGAGGACAGUAGAAUUUUGCUUUGGGAUACCCGCUGCCCCAAGCCAGCAUCACAGAUAGGCUGUAAUGCCUCUGGAUACCUUCCUACCUCCCUGGCUUGGCAUCCUCAGCAGAGUGAAGUCUUUGUCUUUGGUGAUGAGAAUGGAUCCGUUUCCCUUGUGGACACCAAGAAUGCAAGCUGCCCCCUCAGCUCAGCUGUGCACUCCCAGUGCGCCACUAGACUGGCGUUCUCUCCACACAGUGUUCCCUUUCUGGCCUCUCUCAGUGAAGACUGCUCACUUGCUGUGCUGGAUUCAAGCCUUUCUGAGGUGUUUAGAAGUCGAGCCCACAGAGACUUCGUGAGAGAUGCUACGUGGUCUCCACUCAGCCCCUCCCUCCUUACCACAGUCGGCUGGGACCAUCAGGUCAUCCACCAUGUUGUGCCCAUAGAGCCUCUCCCAGCCCCCGGGCCUGAGAAUGUUGCGGAGUAGAAUGGAUUUCAGAAAACAAGCUACAAUCUACUUGCAACAAUCUACUUGCUUGCCCUUGCCUUCCAGUUGUGAGAGCACAGGAGCCUUGGAGAGCAAUGUUUACUCCCCAGUCCUGUGCAGUAAAAUAGGCAGAUUCUCAGCUUGAGGGAGGCUGCAGCCCGUGUGACUAGGAGGAAAACUCCUUUAUAAAUGGAUGUGUGUGCGAGCACACGUGCAUGAGUGUAUUGAGAGUUUGGGGUGGGGGAAAUUAUCCUUCAGCUUUCCCAAAGCAAUGCUCUUUAUUCCCCACAAAGUGACCAGAAGCUUUCAUGGUUCUCAAGUCCAAGAAUUGGGUAUAUUGUUUGGGUUAUGGAAUGUGGGUAUUCCUAGAUUUUCUGAUUCAGAGAUGGGGUAACUUAUUUUUAUAUACAUUUAAUAAUUCAUUAUUAAGGGAAAUACUUCCAUUCAUAGAUGUCCAGCCCAAUGUUCCUUGAGAAGUCACAGGAAAUACCACAAAUUUCUGUUAAAGUGAAUCAAAUUAAUUUUUCGGGUGAAUAAAUUUAGCUGUUGCAAUGUAGUUCUUGUUCACCCUUUGCCCUCCUUGUGCUGUAUGAGAGAUUUGAGUGUUUUCCUGUCCUAAAUUUCACAGAAAGUUUUAGGGAUGAUGAGCGCUUAAAGGUGUUUCAGUGAGUUCAGAACACUGACUCGGCUUGUUACAGAGAAGGCUUUGUCAUUUCUACUUAAAGAUUUCCUGAGGCCUGAUGACCUCUGGGCCUUCCUCUGGAGAUAAGAAGUCUAAAUGCUGUAUUUGUGGACUCCUAAGAUUUGAGAUCUAGUAUAGGGAAACUCAGAAAUACUGAAAGGUGAAAUAAAGACCUUCAUCAUUGUCCUUUUCCCUACCUAAGCUGUUAUUUUUUUACCUGCUUCACUUAGGUGAGUCACCAGAGUGUCAGUCUUAACUGCCCAGUGUCUGUUUUCCACCAUUCCCAAAGCAGCUAGUUAAAAAGAACUUAAACUUAUACUUGCUGUUGGUCUAGCCACUCCAUUUAGAGUGUUGAUAAAUACUGAUUAUAUUGGAACUUAGGAUUUGGUUAUAUACUAUUGUUAAGUUAAGGGCAAAGAAUCAGAUGGGUAGGUGGACUCACUGUAUGCUGCUCAGCUUGUGUUUGUGGUCAUCUAGGGAAGAAGAGCAGAUAGUACAUUUAUAUGGCCUGUUUCUUGGGCUUAAGACUGAUGGUGGUGGAUGGGACUUUAAAGAAAUAAGACUUAGGAGCUCGAGAGAUGGCUCAGAGGUUAAGAGCACUGGCUGCUCUUCCAGAGGUCCGAGUUCAAUUCCCAGCAACCACAUGGUGGGUCAGACAUCUAUAAUGAGAUCUGGUGCCCUCUUCUGGUGUGCAGGUACAACUGUAUACAUAAUCACUAAACCUUUUUAAAAAAAGAAAAUAAGAUUUUAAAAAUUACACCAAAGAAGAGAAACAAGUUUUUGAAGUACUGUUACUACUUGUCAUUGCUUAGAAAUGAAGAGUAGGGUGGACAAGAGCACGUGCUAAUGCUCCAGAGAGCCUACGUUUGAUUCCCAGGCUCACGACCACCUUAACUUCAGAUCAGGUGCCUCUGGCUUCCAGAGGCCCAUCACUCACAUGCACAUAAAAGUCUUUUAAAAAGUUUCCUUUCAGGCUUGUAUAAAUAAAAAGUAGCUCACAUUGAUUAAUACAUGUCACAGAUGUAUGAACUCAGUCAAAGCCACAAACAAUGACCAGCAUAAUUUUUGAGUGAUUGUGUAUUAUGAGUAAAGAAGAUAGUUCAAAAUAAAAGACCUGGAAAUAACCAGGACUAUGGCUGGAGUUGCAGCUGGUCAUUCAUUGUCUGAAGAAUUGUUCCAGUCCUGUAAGGCCCAGUGGCUGGGAACAAUGGGUGCAUUUUGCUUGUUGAAAAACAGUUUGAUUCAGGUUAGUGUUACUGUUCAAAUGUCUCAACACAAGUGACUGCUUUUCCUCAGCCACUGCUAAACUGACCCACAGUGAUCUGAGACAACUUGGGAGUGGUGAGUUCUUGGGAUGUGAAACACUGAAGGUCUGUAUAGUCCUGGGUGACAUCAGACAUUUAGGUAUCUCACUGUAGAACAGAUGGUCCCUGGUGCUUUAGUAAAGAGCCAUGUGAACAUUUCUUGUGGCUCACUGUCACAGCUUCAAAAAUGCCCAAAGUCAGGGGCAGAAGAUUGUUUAGUGGGUAAAAGUGCCAUCAAAUCUGACGGCCUGAUUCAAUCUCUGCUACCCACAUGGUGAAAGGACUGUACUACUCAGCAAGUUGUCCUCUGCCCACCUAUAUGCACAUAAAGAAUGUACCCAAAACUCAAACUGCUUUGGGCUUCUAUAUCUUUAGCUUAUAAGGAAGGGCAGGAUAUUGGGGAAGAGGCCUGUGUCCUAAAACUCAUCAGCUUCAGAGGACAUCAUGACAUGGCUGUUUCUAGACAGGAGAGUAAAGAUACUGGUUUUUAAAAGGUACUAGAUUUGGACAGAAUGAAUGAUGUCCUGUAUUUGUGUUGCCUUAGCUUUGAGUUCACCAAAUAAAUGUGAAUAGAAAAAGACAGUA